UGUAUCCGGUGCCUGUUGCGCGCGCUUUUUAGGCUUCAUUCAACCUUUGCUUUGGCGACUUCUCAGUUGGUUUUAUCCAGUGGCGGCAGUGCUUCCUUAGGUCUCGAAAUGCCCGUUAAAAGAUCACUGAAAUUGGAUGAUCACUUUGAAGAAAAAUCAUUUGAUCCUUCAAAAAUCUCAAGGAAAAGUAUCACAGCUUAUUCUCCUACAACUGGAACUUGUCAAAUGAGCCCGUUUUCUUCUCCCACAACCCCUAAAGAACAAGAGCAUAGAAAUGGACCAUCAAAUGGAAAGAGCAAAACACUGAAUCACCCCAGCUUAACCGAAAAAAAGGAACGUAGAACAAAAGAAAAUGAUGAAUUCUUGGUGUUGCUAUCUAAAAUUGAAAAAUCAUCAGAAAAAAUCAUGGAGAUAAUGCAAAAUUUAAGUAGUAUACAGGCCUUGGAGGACAACAGAGAGCUUGAAAAUCUCAUUGGCAUUUCCCGGGUGCCAUGCUUCUUAAAAAGAGAAGUGGAGAAGACCAAAGAACUAAUGACAAGUGUAACAAAACAAAAACUGUUUGAAAAGAAGAGUUCAAAACGCCCUCACAAAGGCACUUAGAAGAAAUGCACCCACCAUGAACACAACUUCUGCAUCUGCCUGAUCGUAUUUAAAGGAACCAAAGAAAUGUGUGUAAUUAAUCUGCCCAGCAAAUACCAAUCCGUAGCACUAAGCAGGUGCAAGUCUAGAUAAAGUUUCUUGCAGCUAAUUUAAACUUUCUACACACACCAGUAGAUAAUCUCAAUGUAAAUAAUAUAGUUCUUCUUGAUCCUUUAAUGUGAGCCAGGGUGCACAGCAGUCUUGACUUAUAUUCUCUAUUGUAUACAUUUCUAUAUACUUUUAGCAUUUGUGGAUAGAAUUACGGCUCUGCCUUUGUAGAGUUACAUGCUUUCCUAGAACUCACAAUAAACCGAAUGGCUGGCUAGUAAACCAGGUACCAGCUUUCCCACUCAAAAGCUGUUUAUUAAUUUAUCUCAGGGAUGACCACUAUUAUACUCUAGGGACUUUCUAUGUUAUAUAGAAAAAUAUUUUGAGAAUUUUAAGGUUUCAUACAUUUUUUAAAUUAUGAAAUGCAUUUUAAAUAUCAGAUUGCAUUUUCAGUACAGACAUUUAUAUGCGAAGUUGUUUAAACUCAAGACUUCAGUGACUUUAAAGAAAAAACAUUAUUAUGGAGCAUGUGAUCCCAUUCAGAUUGUUUGGAAACAUUAGCUUAAAUUUCCAUGGUUCUGUGCUAUUUGUGUCACCAUCUAUUUUGUUAUCAAGAUAAAGAGGGAAGGGGAAUUAUAGAAUAUGCCACAUCUUGAUAGCAGUUUCUAAAACCC